AUGAAGCUACUUUGCCUGUGCCUGUUGCUGCCACUGCUCAGCCACGCCUAUCCGGCUGCUAGCGGCACAGCGGCUGACAAAUCGCUAUCACUGGAGGACACAGAUCUGGACAAUGAGCAGGGCGAGAGCGUAAAGGAAUCACAGAUAGCCAAACGGUCCGGCAGCUUUGACUAUGUGGCGCAUCUGAAGUCCGGCCUGUUGAGCAGCAUAGGACAGGCAUCCGCCUCGAUUGCCUCGGGCAGCUCCGGCGGCAGCAGCGGCGGCGAUAGCUACAAAUCCCACGAGGUUGUCGUGCACGGUAACUCGGUGGACUAUGAUCCUUGGUCGUUCAAGAAAUCCGUGCUGAACACCAUCUUCCAGGCAGUCAAGGCCAUCACGGGCGGCGUCACUGCACUCAAAGGUCAACUGAUCAAGGGCAGCGGCUAUGCGUUGAGCGCUAGCGGCAAUCUGGUGGCCGCUUCCGGCGACAAGGUCACCGAUGUGGGCAAAUCCAUCAUCAAUUCGGCACACAUCAAUUCACAGACCUAUGCCACAAGCCACGCCGGCGGCGGCGGCUAUGUACAUCCAUUUGCCAAGCUGAGCUCCUUGUCGGGCGCCUCAUCCAGUGGCAGCAGCGGCAGCAAGCAUGCUUCCUCGGCGCCGGGACCCGUGCUCCAUUCAGAGACCAUCACCACAUAUGAGAUACCGACGGGACAUGCCAACUACGGGCCUCCAUCGAAGCCGCCAACAUUUAGCAGCGCCACACAUCAAUAUCUGCCACCGGCUGGCUCCAACUAUGGCGGCGGCGGCAGCGGCGGUGCGCCAUUCAGCAUUGGCCAUGCGGCAUUCGAGGCGCCCCAGAGCAACUAUCUGCCCUCCGCCUAUGGACAAGAUGUGCCAACCGCCGGAACCGACGACUUCAACGUCUAUGGACGCAACAAGAAACUUUCGGAUGAGGAGGCGCGCAGGGCGGCACUGCAGCUGCAGGAGAUUUUGAGCAUGCUGCCGAAUGGCAAAACGGAAUAUACCGCAUCCAAGACAGUGGCGCUGGAUACGAAUCAAGUGGCCAGUGGGUCCCAUGUGGAGCUGGCCGAUCUGUACAACAGCUACGGUGUUCCAUUGCCCAACAAUCUGGGCACACUGGAAUCCCUGUCGCACACGGAAUCCAUCACAGCGGCAUAUACGCCACCUAGCCAGGGAGCCGCCGAUAUCUAUCAUCAGAUGGCCAAACGGCCGCAAACAGCGGAGGAGGCAUACAUACAGAAGCAUCCCAACGAGGGCUACGAUUACCCACCACAGCCGCCAGCGGCACCGCCGGUCGCGUCCAACAACGAGUACAAAGUGGAGAACUAUCAUGCGAGCAAGAGCAAUGCGCUCAGAGAUUUGUCGCCCAUAAUAGCCGCCCUGGAGGUGGCCAAGCGCAAGGGACCCAGCAGCAGUGGAUCCACCAGCUACUCCAUUGAAAAGCAGGUGCACAAGGUGUCGCCAUUCCAGUAUCUGCCGCCAGUGGUGCAGAAAUCCAAAUAUGUCUACAGUGCACCGCCAGCACCACCCAGGCCCAGUUACAGCGGCGGCUAUAAGGUGCGACGUCAUGUGGCAGCCAAGCGACCACUGGGCGCCACAUCCAUGUCCCGGGUGCAGGACUACGACAUACAGGAUCCGCUAAUGUUCAAUCGCCUGCUGGAGUCGUAG